AUGGGAGUAGCAUAUGGAAUAGUUUGGAAAGCAAUUAAUCGUAAAACAAAAGAAGUUGUAGCAUUAAAGAAAAAUUUUGAUGCAUUUCGUAAUCAAACUGAUGCACAAAGAACAUUUCGUGAAAUUGCAUUUCUUCAAGCUUUUAGUAAUCAUCCAAAUAUUAUCGGUUUAUACAAUGUUAUCCGAGCUGAAUGUGAUAAAGAUAUCUAUCUUGUAUUUGAAUAUAUGGAAACAGAUUUACACAAUGUUAUACGUAAAGGGAAUAUUCUUAAAGAUAUACAUAAACAAUAUAUUAUGUAUCAAUUGUUUAAAGCGACUGCAUAUCUUCAUUCUGGUGAAGUGAUACAUCGAGAUUUAAAGCCAUCAAAUGUCCUGCUUGAUUCUGAUUGUUCAGUGAAACUAUGCGAUUUUGGUUUGGCGCGUUCAUUGAAAGGUCGAAGUAAAUGUGAAAAUGGUAAUAAAGUCAAUUGUAAAACAUUAUUACCUGCAUUGACUGAAUAUGUUGCAACACGUUGGUAUCGUGCACCAGAAAUUCUUUUAGCUUGUCAUGAUUAUACUAAAGGUGUUGAUAUAUGGAGUUUAGGAUGUAUACUAGGUGAAAUGCUUACUGGUACACCAUUAUUUCCUGGAACAUCUACAUUAGAUCAAAUUGGACGCAUAAUGGCUGGACUUCCCAAGUUGAGUAAAGAAGACAUUGAGAGUAUUAAAAGUCCUUACAGUAUUUCAAUUUUAGAAAAAACACACAUCAAACGUCGUCCAUUGGAUCAAGUAAUAAAGAAUACGAAUAAAACAGUAAUGGAUCUACUCAAUCAGAUGAUUAACUUUAAUCCACAUAAACGAAUUGAUGCUCUACAUGCACUCAAGCAUCCAUAUGUUCGAAAAUUUUUUAAUCCAGAAGAAAUUAUGAGUAAAACUCAUCAUGUUGUUCCACCAUUGGAUGAUAAUAUUCAACUCACUGUAACGGAAUAUCGUAAUCGUUUGUAUCAAAUAAUUACUUCAAAGAAACUACGUAAAUAUAAUCGGAUUAAAUCUGUUGAACAACCAGAAAAUAUCAGUAGCAGCACUACACAUAUAGAUAACAAACAGAUGUCUGAACUUCUAACAGUAAGGAAUGCAAUACCCGUUGAAAAAUCUCUGGGUUCUAGUUCUCAGAAUAAACACUGCAAAGAAGGUUUAACAACUUCUCAAGCUAACUCAGUUAUGGGGAUUGAUGGUACUUCUAAAUCAUAUUCAAAACCAGUGCAUAAAAUUUCAACCAAUCAUGGAUGUCAUCAAAAUCCGCAUAUGAAUGACUGGAAUCCUGAAAAUACUAGACCUAUCUCUGAUUUGGCCACAUAUGCUGUUACAUCAAACACUACAAUACCUAUGAAUAGACCUUAUUCACAAAUAGAAGCGUUACCAACUACAACAACAGCAGCGGUAACAGAGGGACCAUCCAGAGUUAGUGUACACAACAAUAAUGAAUCUUGUUGUGAACAUGUGGAAGAAUUUAAUGAACAAACAUUGAUAAAGCCCUCAGAAGUGAUAAAACCAACAACGGAACAAACAACAACAACAACAACAGAUUAUGCUAUCAGUAAUACUGACUACAAUCAUUCAAUAUUUAACAAGGAAUCGAGAAUGUGUAUCUCUACAACAGAUUACUAUCCUAUCAAUGGAUUCAAUGAAAAAGUAUCCAGUGAUAAUAUUCAACGAAGUACUACACCAAGUAACUUACGAAGUAUGCAGAAUUUAAGUGAAACUGUUUUGAAUAAUCUUAAUUCUGAGAUGAAUAAAUCAAUAAAUGAACAAAUUUAUCAUACAGUUAAUAGUAAUAAAACUAUUGAUAAUGAUAAUCAUCACAAUUUAAAUAGUCCAUGGAAAUCUCAUUUAAUUAAUAAAAUGAAUAUUUCAUUUAGGAAAUCAUUUUCUUCAUCAAAUCUACCAACAGUUAAGAAUAAAUUUGAUCAUGGAAACUCUAAAGUUGUACAACAACAACAACAACAACAACACAACUCAUCGUCUCAUCAUUCCUGUAAUGAUUAUCAGUAUCCAUCUCAUCAUCAACAACAACAGCAGCCACAACAACAAUCACUGAAGAGUUCAAGUGAACACAUGAAUGCCACGUGUAUGGGCAAUGAUUCUUUGAUUGAAAUUAAAAAAUCUGAAAUUUCAAUAGAAAAUUCUGAGGACUGUGGAAAUUCACUUGUUAAAACACUGACAUCUGUCAAUAACAGACUAAGUCAUCUACUUGGAAUGAAUUGUUCAUCUUCAGCAUCAUCAGAAUGGUUAAACUGUUCAACAAAUACAACAAUCAAAUUGAAAUCACCUCUACAUACCUGGUUAAAUGUUAAUAAUUCAGUUGAAAACAAAAAUACAUCUAAAUUUACUAAAAUGGAUAAAAAUCAUAAAUAUAAUUUUAGUAAAUCAACAAAUAAUUUAUUGAAUCAUUCAAAUACAUUGAAUGAAAACUCUGUCAACAUUGGACAUUUAACAUUGAAUCAAAUUCAAGCCACCAGCACCACCACCACCACCACUAAUUUGAAUAAAGAACAAAUUUGUAAACCGAAUGUAGAAAGUAAAAACUCUGAGUAUAUUUUAUUUAUCGAUGAAAUGAUCUGUUUUAUUAAUGUAUCCAAUUCAGAUAAAUUUACUUCGAAAGCAUAUCCAUUCGGAUCGACUUCAAGUUCAUCUGUUAUUCGAUUACAUUCAUCUAGUGAUAUGAAUAAUUUAUUUCAAGAUUAUAGAUUACGUAGAACAUCUAAGAGUCCUUCAAUGGAUGAAUCAAUUUCUGCUAGUUAUAUCUCAUCAAACAGUAAUGGAAGUAACAAUACUACUGCUAAUACUACUACUACUAACAGUAAUAAUUAUAAUAAUAACAACAGUGUUCUGCAGUACAAUUAUCAUCCUAAUCACCUUCGAUAUGAUACAGUACAGUCAACUUUCAAUGAUAUUUAUGAUCAUUCAAAUGAUUUCAGAAGAUCACCAAUUAAAACAAGAACAAAUAGUGUGCUGGAUACAGUAAUGGAGUCUACAAAUAAUUCUAGGAUAAAUUCAAUUACUAAUGAUAAUCAGGCAAUAAAAUAUUCUGGAUCAAAGUGUAUAUCAAACGGAACAUAUAAUGCUAUGAACGGUUCUCUAAAACCUUAUUCAAUACUUUUGCCAUCAACUACUCCAGUAUAUCAGUCAAGUAAAACAAAUGGCAGUACAUUCCAUAUAACCAGAAGUUCAAAUUUAAAACAACCGGCAAUAAAUAAGACCUCAAAAUUAGACUAUUCAAACAAAUCUGGUUUAGAGACAAUAUCCAGCACAAAGUACACUCCUGUUAUAAGUCGUACUAGGCAACGUUUAAUACCACAGCAUGUUUUAUCACGCUUAAAGUCACUCAAAGAGAUUAACAGUGGACAAACAGAUUAUUUCAAUCAUUUAACAUAGUUUAUAUUUUUUACUAAAGGAUUUACGUAACUCUGUGACAUAACAAUUCUAGCUAAGGAGAUUCAAAUUUCACCUCUGUUAUGAUGAGACUGAGUUUCUUCUCCUCCUUAUUUAUCACUAAUUGUGGAACUGAUAAAUACAAGAAAUUCCUUAGUAUUGUUAAAAAGUUACUUUGAUCUUUUAUUAAAAUUAAAAACUUUGUGAGUUAAAACUAUUGAUUGAUUUAUUAGUGAACAACUUAGUUACUUGUUCCUACUUGAAAUGACUCUACUGAAGUU